CCCGUACGUAACGCCAUAAAGCAUUCGGUUAGGGAUGAUUGGAGUGACAGCAUUCACAUUUGCGCUGCUCAUUGGGCUGGUGGCCGCAAGUCCUGUCUUACCGGCCAGUGGUUCCAAAGGUGGUCGAAUCGUUGGAGGAUAUGAUGCUACCGAGGGACAGUUUCCGCACCAGGUGUCUCUGAGACGCCCACCAAACUUCCACUUCUGUGGUGGUUCCAUCAUUGGACCACGAUGGAUUAUCUCAGCAACACACUGUACUAUUGGAAUGGAACCGGCCAAUCUGAACGUGUACGUAGGCAGUGUCAAGCUAGCGUCGGGCGGAGUAUAUUACCGUACGAUGCGAAUUGUAAACCAUCCGCUCUACGACCCAAAUACGAUUGAGAAUGACAUCAGUUUGAUACAGACUGUACAGCCGAUUGUGUUCAAUGAGCACACGCAACCGAUCGGUUUAGCAUCAACGAAUUUGAUUUCCGCAACGGGAGCCUCCAUUUCUGGUUGGGGUAGAUCGAAUACCAUGGACAGUGGCGCAGCUGAAGUUCUGGACAAUUUGCAGUACAUGAACGUAAACAUACUCACAAUGGAAGAAUGUCGAGCUGAACGUCCUGGCUCGGGUAACAUCUUUGACAGCGUGAUCUGUGUCUCCAGUCCAUUCGGCCAAGGAGCAUGUUCCGGUGACUCGGGUGGACCAUUGAUUUACGACGGAAUGUUGCACGGCAUCGCAUCCUUUGUUCGCGUACCCUGCGCUACCGAAGUUUCGGAUGUAUACGAACGAGUCUAUUCACAUUUAUCGUGGAUUGCAUCGGUCACGCUGUGGUUGAGAUAGAAGCAAAUGAAGUACUUCAAACGUGUAGUUGGGAAGAAGAUAUUCCGUGGUUAAUAAAUAACUUUACCCAAACGUA